AUGCCAAGAACAUUGACUGCCUUGAGGUCUCCAGCACCAUUCUCCACUGCUAAGAGUAUGAUCUGGCUGUUCCAGUCUCUCACGCUUGUCUCCUGCCUUGGCCCAGGGAACACAGUUUCACAAACCAGCUCAACCCCAUUGAUUGUGAACGGGGUCCUGGGGGAGUCUGUAACACUUACCCUGAAGUUUCCUGUGGAAGAGAAGAUCACGUCCAUCACCUGGCUACAUGAGGGAAAAUCUGCCAUCUUCAUAGCGCCAAAUGCACUAAACAGGGUGACUGACCCAAAGCGGAAAAAUCGAUUGAAUGUCACCGAGUCCUAUUCCUUGCAGCUCAGCAACCUGACGAUGGCAGACUCAGGACUUUACAGAGCCCAGAUAACCACACUGACCUCUUCACUGUUUACCGAUUAUGAUCUGAGGAUCUUCAGACGACUGAGGAACUUACAAGUUGUCCCUUACACCAAAUGGUCUAAUAAUGGGACCUGUGAGAUCCUCCUGACCUGCUCUGUGGAGAAUCCAAAUGAUAACAUCUUAUUCAGGUGGCAGGUCUCAGGAAACACACUUCAAAGUGAAGCAAACCUUACUAUCUCCUGGGACCCCAAGAGUUUCAAUGAAGAGACCUACACCUGCGUAGCUGAGAAUGCUGUCAGCAAUUCAUCCUUCUCUGUCUCUGUCCAGAGUCUCUGCAAAAGUGUUACUAAUGAAAAAAAUGAACACCUGGAUACCACGUGGAUUGUACUGGCAGUUUCUUCAAUAUGUAUAGUCGUGGUCAUCAUCGUGUUAUUAUUUGUUUGGAGGAAAAAAAUAGGUUUCUUUCAAUUCUCUACUCAGCAAACCCAGUGUCCUGCAGAGACUGUGAGGAACGUAGAGUAUGCUUCCUUCUCUCCAGGGAGCACUGUGUAUGCUCAGGUCACCCAUUCAAAGAGGGAAAUGGAAAUCCCAAAACCUGUGAAAAACAAUGACUCCACCACAAUUUACUCUGAAGUUCAACAGUCCCAAGAGAAAGCCCACCUAUUCCAGGACAACUGCCCUUCACAGUGUCAUGUAAUUUGCUGA